GCGAGCGUGACUUCGUAAGCUCUCGAGAAAAGCCCACUGCGCCCCCCCCCCCCAAAAAACUAAAACCAAACUAACCCUAACUGCUUCCAACGCUCGUGGGGAUCAUUUAAAAACCACCAUCUUCGUUGAAAACCAACCUUUUUUUUUUUUUUUUAUCUUUUUUUUCCCUAAAGAAGAGACCCCCCCUGCCAGACUCCACGCCACCAUGCACUUGUUGUCCAGCAGCUGCGUGGGCUCCCUCGUCCUCGUCCUCGCCACGCUACUCUGUCGAGUGAGCUGCACUGAGACGGUGGUAGGCCUGUACGGUGAAACACUUGAGAUUCCGUGCAACAAAGGAGCCGUAAAUGGGGAAACUGCGAUAAUCACUCAAUGGAAAUAUCUCAUAGGAAACGAAAUUAAAGGAGAACUCUUAAGCAAACCUAAAAAUGAGAAGGUCUCCAUUAACGCCAAUGAUGAGUAUAAGGGCCGCAUAGACAUGGCUGCCAACUUCAGUCUGCUGUUGACUGACGCCAAGCUAACUGACCAGCGCACGUUCACCUGCGCAGUGGUGGAGGGCAAAGAUAUCAACCACUACUAUGUGAACGUGGUCGUCUACAAGGCGCCUGAAGGUGUGGAGAUUUCUGACAAAGCGGAAGAGCUUGAGUUUGGCAAACUUACUAAGUUGGCCACAUGUGUCGCACGAGAUGCCAACCCGGCGGCCAAAAUCAUAUGGCUAAAGAACAACAAACCCCUGUCGGAUGAUGGCAAAGGUAUUUCCAUCCAAACCUCCGAGCAGCUUGACCCAGUGACCAAGCUGUCCACCACCACCACCUCCACGCUAGAGUACUCUGCUAAGAAGGAGGACAAAGACGCUCUGUUCUCGUGCAGCUCCCAGCACACCGUGGGCAAGCAGAUGACAUCUUCUCCACUCACCUUUCCCAUCACAUACCCUACCGAGCAACUCAUCCUGCAGGUCAUUGCACAGGAGCCUCUGGUGGAAGGAGACAACGUGACCCUGAAGUGUGUUGCGGACGGCAACCCCGCUCCAUCCAGCUUUAACUUCCACCUGAAGGGGAACGUGGUGACUGUGAAUAACACAAAUAUAUACACCCUGACUGAUGUGUCACGUGACACCACCGGCGAAUACAAAUGCUCCUUAAUUGACAACUCCUCCAUGGUGUCUUCCAAGGAGGUCACAGUCAAUUACCUAGACAUCAAUUUAAGCCCCACUGGGAGGGUUGUCAAGAAGGUUGGCGAGGCUUUGGAUCUAACUUUCCAGAGCAACUCUUCAGGGGCAUCAAAGGUCUCCUGGACUAAGGACAAAGUCAAGCUGCUCAAAGAGCCCAAGUUUCACAAGCUGACGUACUCAGACUCUGGCCACUAUGAGUGUGAAGUGACGAUGCGGUCCCUCAUCAAGAAGCUUUCUUUUAAACUGCUCGUUGAAGGCGCUCCAGUGAUCAAGCAGCUGUCCAAACACCGCGGUGAAGAUGGUCAACAUAAAGUCUUGAUUUGUGAGGCCGAGGGCUCUCCAAAGCCAUCUGUUUCCUGGAGCAUCAACAGCACAUCGCUUCACGAAAGUCCUUUUGUCGGCGGGAAGGUCACACACAAAAUCACUGUGGUGCCCACUCUCAACCUGACCGUCUUGUGCACCGUAUCCAACAAGUUUGGCGAGGACACGCGGGAAAUCAGCGUGUCCCCACUAUAUGAGGGGAGAAGGCUUGAACGAGAACAAUCAGAGGACGGCGAUCAGACCAAGUUGGUGGUCGGAGUCGUGGUCGGCCUUCUCAUCGUCGCCAUGGUUAUUGGUCUGGCGUACGGAAUCUACCAGAAGAAAUCCAAGCAAGGGAGCUGGAAGACCGGCGAAAGGGAGAACGGCUCCUCUGAGGAGGAGAAGAAGCUGGAAGAGAAAGUGGAGGAGAACAGCCAAAAAGCUGAAGUGUAGAGGGGGAAAAAAACGAGCGAGCAUCCUUUUGGGAAUGUGAAAGUGAGAACAUGGAACUUUGCACGUUUCGCCUCACCUCAUCUUUUGGGAAAAAAACAAAAACAAGAAGAAAAAAAAAGUGUAAAGUUUGAUUUCAGGGAUAAUUUGACUACACAUCGAACCCAACCUGUGAUAAAAACCCCCACUACCACCACCUGUGUGGAUGCUUGAUCCACAUGUAAGUCUGUUAGAAUCACCUCACCUUUUGUUAGAAACUUGAACUUUUUGGGUUAGUUGCUGCAAGUGGAAUCACUUUUAGACCAGUUUGCCUUUGCUGUAAAAAACAUGUGUAGGCCUGCGUCACGUCACCUUUUAGUGUACAUAUAUUUCAGUUUGUUCAGGCAGGCGAGGAGAAGUUGCUGGAAAGGCUGAGAGGCGUUUGCUUAGUCGUGGUUACAGAUUGCGGGAAAAGUUGAUAUUUUGUUGUCAGGGAGACAACGCGCCAUUUUGCUUUUCUCUUCUUUUUUUCCAAAUGUACUGUAUGUUGGCCGUAACCACUGGAUGACACACGAGCAGGUACAACACCCAAAACCAGUGAAGCUGGCACGUUGUGUAAAUGGUAAAUAAAAACAGAAUACAAUGAUUUGCAAAUCCUUUUCAACUAAUAUUCAAUUGAAUAGACAGCAAAGACAAGAUAUUUAAUGUUCCAACUGAGAAACUUAAUUAUUUUUUGCAAAUAAUCAUUAACUUAGAAUUGCAAAUGCAAAAAAGUUGUCACAGGGACAUUUUUACCACUGUGUUACAUGACCUUUCCUUUUAACAACACUGUUUGGGAACUGAGGAGACCAAUUUUUGAAGCUUUUCAGGUGAAAUUAUUUCCCAUUCUUGCUUGAUGUACAGCUUAAGUUGUUCAACAGUCCGGGGUCUCUGUUGUGGUAUUUUAGGCUUCAUAAUGCGCCACAGGUCUGGACUACAGACAGGCCAGUCUAGUAUCCGCACUCUUUUACUACGAAGCCACGCUGUUGUAACACGUGCAGAAUGUAGCUUGGUAUUGUCUUGCUGAAAUAAGCAGGGGCGUCCAUGAAAGAAACGUUGCUUCAAUGGCAAGAUAUGUUAUUCCAAAACCUGUAUGUAUUUUUCAGCAUAUUUUCUGAUGUGUAAGUUGCCCAUGCCUUGGCACUAAUACACCCCCAUACCAUCACAGAUGCUGGCUUUUGAACUUUGCGCCUAUAACAAUCCGAAUGGUUCUUUUCCUCUUUGAUCCAGAGGACACGACGUCCACAGUUUCCAAAAACAAAUUGAAACGUGGACUCGUCAGACCACAGAACACUUUUCCACUUUGCGUCAGUCCAUCUUCGAUGAGCUCGGGCCCAGCGAAGCCGACGGCGUUUCUGGGUGUUGUUGAUAAAUGGCUUUGGCUUUGUUUUAACUUACACUUACAGAUGUAGCGACAAACUGUAAUUACUGACAGUGGUUUUCUGAAGUGUUCCUGAGCCCAUGUGGUGAUAUCCUUUACACACUGAUGUCGCUUUUUUGAUGCAGUACCGCCAGAGAGAUCCAAGGUCACAGGCAUUCAAUGUUACGUGCAGUGAUUUCUCUAGAUUCUCCGAAACUUUUGAUGAUAUUACAGACCUUAGAUGGAGAAAUCCCUAAAUUCCUUGCAAUAGCUCGUUGAGAAAUGUUUUUACAUGUACUUUCAUAGCUGUGGCUAUGAAAGUAGCUUACCACCACCAGGUGUGAAUGAAUGAUGGGUUCUACAUGUAAAGCGACUUUGGGUACUUAGAAAAGCGCUAUAUAAAUCCCAGGUAUUAUUAUUGUCCUUAAACUGUUGGACAAUUUGCUCACGCAUUUGUUGACAAAGUGGUGACCCUUGCCCCGUCCUUGUUUGUGAAUGACUGAGCAUUUCAUGGAAGCUGCUUUUAUACCCAAUCAUGGCACCCACCUGUUCACAAUUAGCCUGUUCACCUGUGGGAUGUUCCAAAUAAGUGUUUGAUGAGCAUUCCUCAACUUUCUCAGUCUUUUUUGCCACUUGUGCCAGCUUUUUUGAAACAUGUUGCAGGCAUCAAAUUCCAAAUGAGCAAAUAGUGGCAAAAAAUAACAAAGUUUUCCAGUUCGAACGUUAAAUAUCUUGUCUUUGCAGUCUAUUCAAUUGAAUAUAAGUUGAAAAGGAUUAGCAAAUCAUUGUAUUCUGUUUUUAUUUACCAUUUACACAACGUGACAACUUCACUGGUUUUGGGGUUAGUAGAUGGUGUUAUUUAUGUAUGCGCUCCAUCAGUUUAAAGAUGUCCGUCAUGCUUCUUUCUGCCUUCUUUCUAAGAAUAAAUGCUUGUCUCUUCAGUUAGUGAUGUGCACUAUAGGAGUCGUGUUUUCCAUGGCAGUUCACAUCCAAAAACAUCUGCUGGAGCUCAUAAUGUGGUAGACCAGGAUGUCGUUGUGAAGUAUGAACUUUUUUUGUUGUUGUUUCUAUUUAUGUUGUACAAGAUGAAAGAUCCUGGUCGGCAAAAUAAAAAUUAAAAAAUUGUUUUUUUUCAUCCCACCUUUUAAAUUGGACACGAAAUGUAGUUAAUUUCCUUUCGGUUGCUUCGUGUCUGCUCGAAAUGAACGUCUCAGCAUGCAAUGACGUCGUCAGACCUCGGAGCAACCCACCUGGUGUGGAAACAUCCAAUUGGAAGAAUGACCAAAGAAAGUGAACAUUGCCAUGCAAGUAUUGUAAAUAUCUGUUUUGUUUUUUUGUACUUUUGUUUAAAAUAAAGUGGACAUUUGGGAAAAACA